CAUGAGCUGCGUCGCCUGCGCCGUCUGCGUCGCCUGCGCCGUCUGCGUCGCCUGCGCCGUCUGCGUCGCCUGCGCCGUCUGCGAUGUAGACGGAAGGUAUAUUUCCGAACAUGUCCGGAUUGCCGAUCUCUUUCGUACAGUCGUAGCUGAUAUGGCGGCGGUGCUGAGAGGCCUGCAGGCCGUGAGGGUCCUACGCGGUUUCUGCCGUGGUGAGCUAGUUGGCGUUUCUGUGCACAAGUACAGGAGUGCCCACCGAGGUGUCCACAGCUGUGGUCUUCUGUACUCAGAGAACAGCACCUCUGUGUCCUCCUCCGUACACCAGCACCCCCAGGCUCAGGCACCUGAGCAGGAUCCAAGUAGCAUGACAUCUGAGCAAGUGGGUCCACAGCCCAACACCAGCUAUGCCAACCAGAAUGGGGAGCAGAGUGAGGAUUAUGAGACGGAGGACCAGCUGCAGGCGCGCAUUCUUAACGCUGCACUAGAAUUUGUCCUACAGCAUGGCUGGUCUGCAGAGGCCAUUGCCGCUGGCGCUGAGACCCUGGGCCUGAGCUCAGCCUCCAGUGAGAUGUUCCCCAACGGUGCCGGCGACCUGGUGCUUCACUUUGUCGUCAAGUGUAACAACCAGUUGGUCCAGAUCCUGGCUGAGCAGCACAAGCGGGUCCAGCUGGGUGAGGCAGAACCAAAGAAAACUGCAGAGUUCCUGCGGGAGGCCGUGGAGACCCGGCUGAGGAUGCUGGUCCCAUACAUCGACACGUGGCCACAGGCAAUGAGCAUCCUGCUGCUUCCCCACAACAUCCCCGAGAGUCUGAAGCACCUCUCCACCCUAGUGGACGAUAUCUGGUACUAUGCUGGAGACCGUUCCACAGAUAUGAACUGGUACACUCGUCGGGCUACCCUGACUGGCCUCUACAACACGACAGAGCUGGUUAUGCUACAGGACACCUCUGUUGACUUCCAGGACACCUGGGCCUUCCUUGACAACCGUAUCCGAGACAUAGUCAACAUGGCCAACACAGCCAAACAGGUACAGUCGACUGGGGAGGCUGUGGUGCAGGGGCUCGUAGGAGCUGCUGUCACGUUGAAGAAUCUUACAGGGAUAAACCAAAAGCGAUAACCAGGGGUGACGGUCCUGCCCAUCUUGGGGAGUCAUCAGGGGCUCGGGACAACCCACUGUAUCCAGAAUCUCCCACUGGCACCCUAUGCUGAUUGCUUAUGACUCUCCCAGUGCAGGCCUGAUGACUCUGAGUCUUUUAUUAUAAUUCAGCUUUUGUGUUCCUUUAAGAGUAAACAUCAGGGCACAUGGCUUGAUGGAAUUCCAGUCACUAUGAUUUAUUGUUUGCCCCACAUAUUGAGCUCUCUGGGUCUCUCUCUGCGUAAGCUGUCUUUGUGUUUAUGCACUGAACAAUAAUUGUUUUCUCUGGGGUGUGACUUUUGCUCAUACUCCAUGAAGAGUUUGGCAAUAAAGUGUUUGCUUGGCCAUGAGCUAUAACCUCAGCUAUAACCUCAGUUUUUCGUAAAGGAAAUUAUGGAAGUCGCAUGGAUACAUAUUCAUACAGGUAUCAUAUGAAGUCAUAUUCAUACAGGUAUGAGCUAAUGCGGACUUUGGAAAUAUGCAUUUAUUAUCCUUAUCAAAAUACGUUUUAACAGUGGAUUUCCAUGAACACUAUAAUUGAACAGAAAUAAAAAGGGGCUGGAAAGGGGUGUGCUGGAUUUAUCACACAAGACAAAUUGAGAGCCUCAUUGCAAAGUGAGCUGUGGCACAAUCAUUUUAUCUUAAUUAUUUUAUUUUGAUCAUUUGUAAGCAAAAGUUGUAAUUGUAAUGGAAAUAUAAUUAUUGCCCAGCCCUAGUUUCAAUGCUUCUGUAUUAAUGUGGCUGCCUGUGGCUAUAUUACUGUUCCCCAUCAAUGAGGUUAAAAUCAGACUGACCUGGGUUGAUUCUGUGGUUCGGAACUAUAGUGAUAGACCCAAAAGUAAUACAGCUUCUGAAAAUGGCUCUGAUUUAAAUGUGAUUAUACACUCGGCAAAGUGUGACUGUGGAAAGUUUCAUAUUUGGAUGAAUUCUGGGCAGCAAAGAACACUGACAGCCUCUGCUGUAGAAUAAAUGUUUCUAGUAGCUCUGUAGGUUCGAAGUGUAUAUUCUUUUUCUGAACAAGUUUAUUUGAAAUCGUUUUCCAAAUGUGAACUAAUAGCACUUGAUCACUGUUUGGAUUUGAAAAACAAAAAAUUAUUUAAUUUUGUAUUAUACAGAAAUAAUACAUAGUACACAGAGUUUAGCGAAUGUUAAAUACUUCAAUCUAACUAAAAAGCUCCUGACCAGAUCAGCUACGAAGCUAAUUCUCCUUCAAUGCCCCUCCCAAAAAAAAUCUAUGUUGUAGGUUUCGAUCUCUCUCCACAUCCACACAAACCCUAGGUUUCCUCCAGCGUUCAAAACUGAGGCUCAGCUGGAUCAGUGACUAUAAAUCAUACUUGCCGUGUGUCUACAAGCAAACGUUUGUGUGAGAACCUUGCAGCUGAAUGUCCCUUCCGUCUGAGUCAUCCCAUCCUGUUCGACAUCGUUUCCCAUGUUAACCUCAGGUUUUUGUCUCAGUUGGAUUGAUGGAUGAUUUGAUCUGUGAAUUACUUGCAGGUCUUUCUGAUGGUCAUAUUCACAUCCUGAGCAGCAGUCUACUACUGCAGUCCAUGCUAUUUAUAUUUGUAGGGCAGUUGCUGUGAAUAAAUUCUGUCAUAUUAAACAUUGCUUGCUGUAAUUCUGAAGCCCUAGAAAUUAAUGUCUGAAAUGUCCAUUGUUGUACAUGUACGGGAAAAAAUGGCUCAAAAGUAAACUACUGGUAUAUGUUAUUUGA